AUUGUGCUGGUCGCCUUGGCGCGCCCUCAUGUGAAAAACGCCUUCAACAACGAUGUGUACGAAGAUUUAAUUGAAAUUCUCCAUUGGACAUCCCGUGAUCCUUCAGUUGCCGCCGUUGUUCUCACCGGCUCUGGAUCGUACUUUAGCAGCGGUGCGGAUCUCAAAGGCGGUACCUUCGAGCCCGAACCGCGGGGACGCCAAACAAUCCACAAACCCGCCGGACGCUUCAUGAUGAGCGUGAUUGCUUAUCCCAAGAUACUGGCCGCAGCCGUCAAUGGUCCGGCGGUAGGGAUUGCAACCACAACCUUGAUGCAUUGUGAUUUGGUAUAUUGUUCGCCAACGGCAACGUUCUGGGCUCCCUUUACCCGGCUGGCGCUCGUACCAGAGCUCUGCUCUUCAGCGACCUUUAUGGCCACCAUGGGUCUUUCCAAAGCCAACGAACUUUUAUUGAUGGGAAAGAAAAUUGACGCCCUAACUGCAGUCCAAUGGAACCUGUGCUCCCAAAUCGUG